AUGGCAACGAUACCUGGAGCUCUUGCUGGCUCUGCUAAGCUCAAUGAGAAGUAUAUGGACAAAUAUGAGAUUGUUUGUGACAUGGGUGAAGGCUUCGGUAAAUGGAAAAUGGGGCCUGACGAAAAAAUCAUGCCAUUGAUUGAUGUUGCCAACAUUGCGUGCGGGUUCCACGCGGGAGACUACAACAUCAUGGCAAAUAUGGUGAAACUUGCAAAGAAGUAUAAUGUCAAGGUUGGCUCCCACCCUGGGUUGCCUGAUCUUCUCGGAUUUGGUAGACGGAGAUUUGCCAUUCCACCUGAUGAAAUAUUUAAUUUGGUAAUGUACCAAACAGGUGCGCUGAAAGCAUUUUUGGAUGCGGAAGGUUUGCCAUUAAAUCAUAUUAAGCCACAUGGAGAGUUAUACUUCUAUGUUGAGAGAGAUGAGGAAGUGAUGCGUGCGGUUUUGAGAGCUGCGCAAAUUUUCAAAGUGCCUGUUAUUGGUGCUAAGAAUGCACACUAUGAAAAGGUUGCAAAGGAAAUGGGGGUUGAUUUCAUCCAGGAAUUGUAUCUUGAUAUUGACUGGACUGAAGAAGGUAAGCUAGUCCCACCUGCUCAAUCCAGACCAAAAAAUCCAACCAUCAUUUAUAACGAUUUGGUCGAGGUUGCUGAGACCGACGAGCUCACCAGUGUCUCUGGAUCAAAGAUCAAAUUCAAUUUUGGAACUACUCCUUUUAUGCUUUGUUUGCAUUCCGAUAUGCCUACAGCUUUGGAAAAUAUCUCCAAGGCAAGAGAGGCCACUGAUGCAGUUAAUGCCAAGAGAGGUUAUCCCGUGAAGAAGAAGUACUGA